AUGUCACCCACAGACACAAGCAAGUCUGCCAGGCCGGGCCACCGUUUCGUGGUUCUGGGUGCAGGCGUCAUCGGCCUCUCCACGGCUCUGACCCUCUGGCAAGCAUACAGUGAUGCCACUAUCACCAUCAUUGCCGCGCACUUUCCAGGCGACUACCACAUCGAGUACGCCUCACCGUGGGCUGGGGCCAAUUGGUGCUCCUCGGCGACCGACAACGGCCUGCUCGAGUCCUACGACCGCAUCACCUACAACAAAUUCGCGCAGCUCGCAGCCAAGAACCCUGAAUGUGGUGUCGCAUCCUCGCCGCUCCGCAUGAUCUACGACUCCCCGAUCGAACAGGCCGAUGUAUUGAGUCCGGGCACUGGAAAAGUCUGGUACGACCAGCUCGUCGGCGGACUUUCGAUCGUGCCAAUCAAUGAGAUGCCUCAAGGCGCAAUCUUUGCCCUAGACGCACCACAAACGUUUGUCAUCAACACCCAGAUCUACCUCAGGUGGCUUGUGGCAGAGUGCCGCAGCAAGUCGAUCCACUUGAUGAAGCGCAAGAUCAAACACAUCCAAGACCUAGAGGAGGAUGGCUCGACUCUAGCAGCAAUAUUCAACUGCACUGGACUUGGCUCGUUCUCUCUAGGCGGGGUAGAAGAUAAAGCUUUGUACCCUAGCAGAGGCCAGACCGUCCUCGUUGAACAGCCCUCAAUACCUCUUGAGCGCAUGUACUUCCGCUCCAGCCAGCGCUUCGUCCAAGACGCCACCUACGUGUUCCAGCGCCCGCUGGCCGGCGGCGUUGUUCUCGGCGGCUGUAGGCAGGAUGGUAACUGGAAUCCCAAGGUCGAUUUCGAGCUUGCGAGGCAGAUUAUGGAUAAAUGCUGCGCUCUGGCUCCGGAGCUUGGCAAGCCGGAAGACCUCAAGGUCCUUCAGCACGGUGUUGGCCUGCGUCCUUGUCGACGGGGCGGACCGCGGAUCGAGCUCGAGACAAGGGGCGGCCAGACAGUGGUUGUACACAACUAUGGCGCGGGAGGCACCGGCUAUCAAGCAUCUUGGGGCAUGGCAGCACGAGCUGUGCAGCUCUUCCGUGAUGCCAAUUUAACAUCCCAGGUGUUACCUAAACUGUGAGACACGCACAGCCGCUGAAGCAUGGCAGGAUAUCCAGAGAUCAUAGGAGUCGACGGUGCAGAUCUUGCCCGACGGCGUCGUGGUGCCAGUCGAACUCCACGCCGACUUGGUUACGAACUGUCAGCCCCAGACUUCCUUGAUGAUGC